UUGUGAGACCUGAUUAUCUUGUAUCCAUCCCAGCAUUUAGUACAGUGUUUACACAUAGUAAGCACUUAGCAAAUAUUAUUAUCACUGUUAUGGAGCCUUGGGCCGGGGAGACAGAGUUUUCAGCUGUUGACAUGACCCAGCUGUAUCAGUUUGACUUCCACAAUCCAUGGGACGUUUUGCUGGCCGGACUUUCUCGUUCUGAGUCAUGAUUCCUUUUUCCCCGCUGCUGGGGUUUUCCGCGACAACCCACAUCCGCCGAUCCCGGGACGUUUCAGUUUUGGGGUUUGUGGGACCCCCGGGAUGGGCAGGGAGGGAGGAGGAAGGGUCACAUGUCUGGUUCUCCCAUCCCCCACACUGCCCCACAGUAGCCAAGAUGGUCAAGUGGAUACUGCUGAGCCUGGUUCUGUGGGAAGGCCUGCGACGGGCCGGGGCGGCCGCCGCCUCCGGGAUGGCUUCCCGGGUCGAGGGCCUGGUGGGGUCAACGGUGCUGCUGGAGGCGGAACCGGGCCCGGGCUUCCAUGUGCGGGAUGUCAUCUGGAGGAGGCUGUGUCCGUCGGAGGAGCUGGUGGCCACGUUCUUCGGCGGCUCGGCCCAGACCUUGUACCGCUCCCGUUUCCUUGGGCGGGCCCGGCUUCUGGGCAAUCUGAGCCUGGAGGUGCGGCGGCUGGAGCGGGCCGACAGCUCCAACUUCUCCCUGCUCCUCGUCGAUGCCCAUGGACAGGUCCAGACUCGCACCGUCCAGCUCCACGUCUACGAGGCGGUGUCCAAGCCCACGGUGCAGGUGUUCAUGGCCGAGGCGGGGGGCUCCCGCCCUGGGGGGCUCUGCCACGUCUUCCUGGCCUGCGACGCCCGCAAUGGCUCGGACGUGGCCUACAGUUGGCGGCGGGAGGCCCCCGGGGGGCCGGUCGGGGGACCCCCCGGGGACCCGCCCUCCGUCCUGGAGGGCGGCAGGGUCCUGAGGGUCUCCCUGCCCCCCGGGGACCGGGACGCCUCUUUCUCCUGCGUCGUCGCCAACCCCGUCAGCCGCCACUCCACGGCCGUCACCCCCUGGGACCACUGCCUCCGUGGGCCAGAGGCUGAGAAGAGGCCCUAUUGGGACAUCAUGCUGGUAGCACUUCCCGUGGCUGUGGUCUUGCUGCUUGUGGCUGUCAUCACCCUGAGACACUGCACCUUCUGCUCAGGGAGUAAAAGGAAACAGGACCUGUCCUCCACCACCUCCUCCCUGGACACAGAAACUCCCCAGGAGACCCCCUCUUCCUCCGACCAUGCUCCCCCACACAUCGUGAUUGGAGAGACCCCAGAAUGUCCUUUGGGGUUCCAAGAAGAGAGAGAUCACUGCGGAGAAUGUCACCCUCGGCUCUCCAACCCCCCUUCCCAGUGACCAGGAAAAGAUGGGACCGCGGGCAGGACUUCAGGAACAAGUUUUUCACCCCAUGGCGGUUCGCCCAUUGAACUGUUCCCCACCUCCCGGCCACUGUACCCUCCGAUCUAUAUAUUUAUUGAGUGUUUACUGUGUGUAAGAGCACUGUACUGGAAGCGUGGGAGAGUACAGCGUAACCAAGUUGGUAAACCCAUUCCCUGCCCACACCAAGCUUCCAGUCUAGAUGGGAGGUGAAGCCCCAUCCUAGCCUGAGAGCUGAGGCAGAGAGCAGGCCAUGGGUCACAGGAAGAGGCAACUUCUCUAUGGGCCUGGCAUUUCUCCUAGCCCUAAACCCAAUCCCAAUCCUAAUCUUUAAACUUUAACACCUAUGCCUCAACAUCAGGCCAACCCAGCUCCCAGCAUCGUAAUUCUAACCCAAACACUAACUUCAGUCUUCACCCUACCCUAACCUUAACCUCAGUAUUAUCCUAUCCCAACCCCAAUCUCAGUAUAACCCUAACCUAACCCUAAUCCUAACCUCAAUCUUCACCUGUAACCUUAACCAUUAACCUUCAACCUGAACCCCAAUCUUUACCCUAACCCAAACUUCUAACUGUAACCCUGACUUUUACCCUAACCCCAACCUCAGGAUAACCCUAUCCUAAACCCAUCCUCAAUUUAAUCCUAUCCCAAACCCAACCUCAGUAUAACUAUCCUGAACCUAACCCUAACUUCAGUCUAACCCUAUCUUAACCCUAAACCUAACCUCAGUUUAAUCCUAUCCUAACCCUAACUCCAAACCAAUCUAACCCUGCCCCAGCCCCAGCUCAAAUUCUCCUUCUCUGCCGCCUAAAUCCAAUCCCAAACCUACCCUUCACCUUCAUCCAACCCCUGCCAAACCCCAUCACUACCCGGUCAAAACCCCGACCCUAACUCUAAUUCUUAAUCAACUACUAACUCCAAACCCAAACCCAACACUGACCCAUGGGUAGAAAGGGAGAGAGGGAUAGAAUAAGGGAAAGAAGUGAAAGGGAGAUGGAGACAGAGAUAGAGAGACAAACAAAG